AACAAACGGUUUGAAUAAUACCCGAUGCUCCAAAGAGUAGCCUGGGAUGUAUUAGCAAUCCCUAUAACAACUGUCGCCUCUGAGUCUUCCUUUAGUACAAGUGGUAGAUUGGUAAGUCCUCAUCGUAGUCGUCUUCGUCCAAGCACAAUGGAAGCGUUGAUGUGUGCUCAAAGUUGGUUGUUAAAUGAGAUAAGAGCAAAUUGUCCCAAAAAAACCGAAGCAUAUUGUCAAACAAUUGAGCGUGACUACGACGAUAGUGACGAGGAAAACAAUUUGAGGGAUGAGGGUGCAAACAUGACUACACGUCUACAUGGUCUUCACGAAUGGGCGAAUGGCAUACACUUUCUUUUUUGUAAUCAUUUGGUGCCACUUUUUUGAAACAUCAACAUUGUUCUCUUGUACUAACAAUCGUGAAACAUCGACUUUGCACUAUUUUUGUCAUCUAUGAAUUUGAAAUUUUUGUUUA